GGGGAGGGGGGAAAGCUUGGCAGCAGCUUCGCCUCCUACAGUGCUGUGCAGCGCGCGAAGCCAGACGCAAAGGCGGGCUGUGGUUUCUCCUCUUCGGCUUCUGUUCUUCGCCAUCCCUCUGCGAACAUGGCAGGGCUGAGCGGCGGCACCUUCAGCUUCGGGCGGUGCAGCCACGCCGUGGUGCGGGCGCUACCGGAGUCGCUGUGCCAGCAGGCGCUGAGGCGGGAGAAGGCGAAAGAGGUGGAUUUCGCACGCGCCGAACGGGAGCACCAGCUCUACGUGGGGGUGCUAAAGAAUAAACUGGGGCUGCAGGUGUUGGAGCUGCCCGGCGACGAGAGCUUGCCCGACUGUGUCUUUGUGGAAGAUGUGGUCGUCGUGUGCGAAGAGACCGCUCUUCUCACGCGCCCGGGGGCGCCCAGCAGGAGGAAAGAGAUUGAAGCAAUGAAGACAGCACUUGACAGUCUUAGCUUGAAUAUUAUAGAGAUGACAGAUGAACAGGCAACCUUAGAUGGAGGAGAUGUUUUAUUUACAGGUCGGGAAUUUUUUGUGGGUCUUUCAAAACGGACCAACCAUCGUGGUGCCGAAAUUCUGGCAGACACCUUUAAGGAUUAUGCUGUUUCUACAGUCCCUGUUGCUGACUCCUUGCAUUUGAAAAGUUUUUGCAGCAUGGCUGGACCAAACCUCAUUGCUAUUGGUUCAAGUGAAGUUGCGCAGAGAGCCCUCAAGACUAUGCAGCAGAUGAGUGACCAUCGCUAUGACAAACUUACAGUUCCUGAUGACGCAGCAGCAAACUGUGUGUAUUUAAACAUUCCUGGCAAAGGUCAUACUUUGUUGCAUCGAGCCCCUGAGGAGUAUCCAGAAAGCGCAAAGGUGUUUGAAAAACUGAAGGACCACAUGUUGAUCCCUAUAGCUAACACCGAGCUAGAAAAAGUAGAUGGGGCACUCACUUGUUGUUCUGUUCUUAUUAAUAAAUCUUCACAAUUAUGAGUUUACAGACUUCCUUCCUUGUAUCUGGCAAUAACGUACAUGCAAGGCAGAUGAAUCUGUAUUUCACUUGUAUUGGUUUUCUUGACAAUCUACUGUACCACUGUGCUACUGACCUUUGUUUACAAUGGUGCCCCUUCACUCGUAAUUAAGGUGUGUGUAUAUGUUUUUUCCUGACAUAUAAAGACUUUGCAGCAUGUUUAUCUGGAUUUCCAAAACAAAAUGUUAUGAAAAUUAA